AUGACCGGCCACGAGCAGAACACCCAGCAACAGCCUGAGGACGGCAAGGACAAGGGUCUCAUCGACUCUAUCAAGCAGAAGUUUGCGCCGCACAACGCCAAUCCGGGCCCGGCCAUCCCGGAGAGCUUCACCACUGGCGAGGAGGGCACCAAGGAGGAGCGCAGGGCAAAGGCUGAGGCUCUGAAUAGUGCCCCGAAGAGAGCAGAGGAGGGCGGUGUCAACAUGCACAUCACCCAGUAG